UUAGACCCCACCAUUUUCAAAAACACACACACACACACACUCUCCGUGAUCAACGAACCUAACCAACUUCAUUUCAUUCCCCACUACUAACUAUAAACCAUAUUCCAAUUAAUUCACCUUUUUAGUUCAACUUCAUCCAUUCACCAACAUUACAAAAUUUACAUUAACAAAAAAUAACAAUUCAAUGGGUCUAUGCACUUCAAAAAAUCUCACUCAUUCCUCUCGCAAUUUCAACACUGAACUUCCUCAACAAAACUCCGUCACACUUAACGGAAGUUCUGAACCUCACACAAACUCCGUCACUGUCAAUGGCGAAAACUCUAACGAAACAGAAACCGUUAAGCGAUCUCCGUUAUUCCCGUUCUACACUCCAAGUCCAGCUCAUCAAUUCUUCUCUAAGAUGUCUCCGGCGAGGAAUUUUUUCAAGCGGCCGUUUCCUCCGCCGUCUCCGGCGAAGCAUAUAAGAUCGCUUCUAGCUCGACGGCGUGGCUCCGUUGAAGUGUCGAUACCGGAAGGUGGUGAAGAGGAGACUGUGGUUGCUCUUGAUAAGAAUUUUGGAUUUUCCAAGCAUUUUGGAAGUAGAUAUGAGGUUGGAGAUGAGGUUGGAAGAGGACAUUUUGGAUAUACUUGUGCUGCGAGGUUGAAGAAAGGUGAUCGCAAAGGUCAACAAGUUGCUGUUAAAGUCAUUCCCAAAGCUAAGAUGACAUCUGCUAUUGCUAUUGAGGAUGUGAGAAGGGAAGUGAAAAUAUUGAGAGCUUUGAAUGGACAUAAGAAUCUAGUACGAUUCUAUGAUGCUUAUGAAGAUCGUGAUAAUGUCUAUAUUGUAAUGGAAUUGUGUGAAGGUGGAGAGCUGUUGGACAGAAUAUUAUCAAGAGGUGGAAAGUACACGGAGGAAGAUGCAAAAGCUAUCCUGAGACAAAUACUGAAUGCUGCUGCAUUUUGCCAUCUACAGGGUGUUGUGCAUCGUGAUCUUAAACCUGAGAACUUCUUGUUUGCAUCCAAGGACGAGAACUCAGAAUUGAAGGCUAUAGACUUUGGGCUGUCGGAUUUUGUUAAACUAGGUAUGCUUGGAUCCCUUUCACGCAUAUUGCAUGCCAUUUAUUAUCAUGGAGAUGCUUUGUUUUCUGACUUCUCGUUUUGCUUUAUAGAUGAAAGGCUCAAUGAUAUUGUUGGUAGUGCAUACUAUGUGGCUCCUGAAGUUCUACUUAGAGCUUAUAGUACUGAGGCUGAUGUCUGGAGUAUUGGAGUGAUUGCGUAUAUUUUAUUAUGUGGCAGCCGUCCGUUUUGGGCUCGGACUGAGUCUGGUAUCUUUCGCACUGUAUUGAAAUCUGAUCCAAGUUUUGACGAUCCUCCUUGGCCAUCUCUAUCAGAUGAGGCAAGCGAUUUUGUUAAGAGAUUACUAAAUAAAGAUCCAAGGAAAAGAAUGAGUGCAGCACAAGCAUUAAGUCAUCCGUGGAUUAAAAACUAUGAUGAUACGGAAGUACCUUUGGAUAUUUUAAUUUUCAAGCUCAUGAAGGCAUACAUGCGCUCUUCUUCUCUACGAAAAGCUGCUUUAAGGGCUUUGUCUAAGGCAUUAACUGUGGAUGAGCUAAUCUAUUUGAAGGAGCAGUUUGCACUUUUAGAACCUAACAAAAGUGGCACCAUUAACUUGGAAAAUAUAAAAGCGGCCUUUUCAGUAAAUGCAACAGAUGCAAUGAAGGAGUCACGCAUUGCCGACUUUCUGGCAUCACUUAAUGCAUUGCAAUAUAGAAGGAUGGAUUUUGACGAGUUCUGUGCAGCUGCCCUUAGUGUUCAUCAAGUUGUAGCACUCGACCACUGGGAGAAGCGUGCACGUUAUGCCUUUGACCUGUUUGAAAAGGAUGGAAACAAGGCCAUAGUCAUUGACGAAUUAGCUUCGGAGCUUGGGCUUGGUCCAUCCAUUCCUGUUCAUGCUGUUCUUCAUGAUUGGAUUCGGCACACUGAUGGGAAGUUAAGCUUCCUUGGAUUUGUGAAAUUGUUGCAUGGCCCAUCAAGAAGUGUUGCAAAAGUUCAAUAGAAACUUUGGAAGCUCGAUACAAUACAAAGCACAAGUUCUCUCUUUUUUCUUUUUACCGUUUGAGUUAGUUAAACCUUACCUUGCCAUAGGAGUUUGUGUUUUCCACUGUAAAGUUGUAGUGUGUUAAGUUACAGGUGAGAAUAUGUAUGUUUGUUAUUAAAAGGGUACACUUGUAUAUUGUAACACAUUCUGAGUUUCAGAAUUGAAAAAUGACAGUCUUGUCCACUUGCAUUUAAAGCUGAAUGAAAGAGGUUUUUGGAGCUCUU